UUAAGGUUAUACCUAUGAGAUUUGUAUUGUCAUUGUUGCGGCAACUGAAUAACAAAAUAAUUCAACUUUUAAGUUUUGUAAUAGCUGUCCAAGAUGUCUAAUAUCAAUUUGCAAUGUUUGUUGGGAAUACAAUGCAACGACUUUGUUAUGAUUGCUGCUGAUCAAACUAAUGGCCAUAGUAUUAUGGUAAUGAAAGACGAUGAAGAAAAGAUUUAUAAAAUAUCUGACAAAUUGGUAAUGGGCGUUAUUGGUGAUUCCGGUGAUACAAAUCAAUUUGCGGAAUAUAUUGCUAAGAACAUUCAACUUUACAAAAUGCGUAACGGAUAUGAAUUAGGACCUUCCGCCGCGGCAAAUUUUACGCGGAGAAAUCUUGCUGAAUAUUUAAGAAGCAGCAGUCCAUAUUUUGUGAAUUUGUUAAUGGGAGGAUAUGACAAGGAGAAUGGUCCAGAACUAUACUUUAUGGAUUAUCUAGCUUCUAGUAUGAAAGUACCAUUUGCUGCACAUGGUUAUGGUGGAUAUCUCAGCUUAAGUAUUAUGGAUCGUUACCAUAAGAAAGAUGCUACUGAAGAGGAGGCUUAUAACAUCCUGAAAAAGUGUGUGGAAGAAGUGCAUAGGCGUCUUUUUGUUAGUCUCCCUAACUUCCAAGUAACAGUGGUGAACAGAGAUGGAAUUAAAACUUUGCCUGUCAUUAACGCUGCAUCUUUGAAAUGAAUUUCUAUUUAAGUAUAAAUUAUAUAUAAUA